AUGGUCCCUCUUCAGUACCGUAUCGCUGCACCAUCUCUUCCCUCCUUCGCACGUCGUGAUCCCGUCGACCUCCUCGCUAUCGUCAGUUCAAAGGUCAACGCCGUCAUCAAAAAACUGCAAGCCAUCUUCGAUCGCAAGGAUCAGUUGCUUGACACCCCCCACGAUCAUCGGCUUGCCCUUCAGCGCAUUGGCGACAGACUCGAGUGGAUACUUGACAACAUCACGGAGAACAGCACCUCGUGGACUCGCAGUCAGCAACAGAACAUCGAUUGGUUCUGCAAGGAGUUUGGGAAGGUCAGGUUUAGUGGACUUGGACAAAACUUCGAGCAUGUUGUCAAAGCUCUAGUCGAGUUAGAACAUUUUGGGUACUUAGAUUGGAUUGUCGUUCAGUUUGUAUCUCAGAUUGUUGGCUGCAGUGGGCCUCAGAGGGGUCACAAUGGCCUAAGUCGAGCUCUGUAA